AUGGUUGCACAACACGCCGAGCCUCGAUACGCGGACCCCAUCUAUCAAACCGCCCACGACAACACCUACGACAAGCCCAUCAUCCAGGGCAUCCCGGAAGUCCUGCCACCGGGGGUUUCUCAGGCAGACUUCGACAGCGCGCUGAAGCAGAUCGCCGCAACUCUCGGGGAGGACGCCGUCUUCCGUGGCGAGAGGCUGAAGGAAUAUGUAGAUCCAUACGAGAUCCCGGAGGGCGGGCACGAGAGGAAGGUUCCCGGGGCUGCUGUCUGUCCAUCCUCGGUUGAGGAACUGCAGGCUGCUCUGAAGGUGGUCAAUGAAUUUAAGAUCCCGGUGUGGACGGUGUCCCGCGGCAAGAACCUGGGGUAUGGAGGCCCUGCGCCUGUCGUGAAUGGAUCCGUUGUGAUGGAUCUCCAUCGAAUGAAUAAAGUCCUCGAGGUCAACGAGAAGUUCUCCUAUGCAGUGGUGGAGCCCGGUGUCACGUUUGGUGAUCUCUAUACCUACUGCGUACAGAGAAAGCUCAAGGUCUGGCCUAGUACCGCAUCUCUAGGCUGGGGUAGCGUGGUCGGAAAUACACUGGAUCGAGGAAUGGGUUUCAUUCCUUCUGGGAUUCACCAUGAGAACAUCGCCGGGCUCGAAGUAGUACUCGCCAACGGAGACGUCGUCCGCACUGGUCAAUUCGCGAUGACUUCGUCGCCAUCAGCACAUCUGACCCACCUUACCUUCGGACCUUCUAUCGACGGGCUGUUCCUUCAGAGCAACCUUGGUAUUGUGACCAAACUGGGAAUCCACAUGACACCUCAGCCUCAGGCGUAUAUGCCUUGUACUUUCGAUAUGCCCGAUUUUGACGAUAUUGAGACCAUAACCGACCUAUUCGGCGAGAUGCGCCGCAACAAGACCUUACCGACAAUAGUCUACGUCUUCAGCCUGAUCGAGUGGUCCGCCAUUUACGGCCAGCGGCACAAGUACUGGACGGGCGAGGGCCCCAUCCCGGACUGGAAGAUCAAGGAGAUGCAGCAGGAGCUAGACACAGGGUUCUGGACCGUCAAGUGGGGCUUCUACGGCCCCAAGGACGUCAUCCAGGCGCAAUACAACGAGGUGCAGCGCGUCGUAUCCAAGGCGGCGCCCAAGGGCCGCCUGAGGAACACCCUCUUUGCCGGCGGCGAGGAGGCCCAGCUGCUCGAGGCGGCGUCGGUGCCCCAGCCGUACGGCGGGAUGUUCGUCGGCGUCCCGAGCAUGUUCUCCAUCCCAAUGGUGGACUUCUACAACCCCAAGGAGGGCGGCGGGGUCGGCGCCCACGGCGCGUACUCGCCCAUCGUCCCGCUGGACGGCAAGACGAUGAAGAAGUGGGUCACGGCGGCCCGCAGAGUCUACGAGUCCCAGGGGCUGGACCUCUGCUGUGACUACUUCAUGCACGAGCGCCACGCCGUCUUCGUCUGCAUGCUGUGCUUUGACAAGACCAACGCCAAGCAGCGCCAGGCCAUUGAGAAUGUGUUCAAUGGGCUGUUUGAGGAGGGUACGAAGCUGGGUUUUGCGAAGUACCGUUCUCACAUCCACCACAUGGACCAGGUCGCGGAGCUUUUCGACUUCAACAACCACGCGUAUCGCAGAUUCGUUGAGACCAUCAAGGACGCGCUUGACCCCAAUGGCGUACUUUCUCCAGGAAAGAUGGGCAUCUGGCCGAAGAGAUUCAGAGAUCAGGGCUGGAAUUCGGCGAAGAACCGCAGCGAAGCCAAGCUCUGA